GGGGAAGGAGGAGGGGGAAAGGCGCGGCGCGUGCGUCUCGCCAGAUCUCUUUCUCGACAGUAACCUCACAAUAUCAUUAAACGGAAACGUGAUCGCGAGAUAUAAUGCCUAACGCCGCGUGUGUGUGAAUACCGUUUGUAAUAAACACCGUAAUAAAAUUCAAACGUGCCGAAACGUGAACAAAGAACGUCGUUUCAUUUAUCUCGACGAAAAGUGCGAAAACACCGCUGGCAUCUUAUUUUUCCACGGAAAUAUUUUGAAUUCAAUUUCGAAUAGUCUCGGAGGAGGGAAAAAAGAAAUAAGGCACUCGCGUCGAAUCUCUAAAAACGCGAAAUUCUAAAAAUACGUCUCAUCGUUAUUACAAAAACACAAGGUUGUAUAAUAAUUCUACCAGUAUCGUAGUGUCCGUUCUUACGUUGUGCGCAAAGAGACUUAAAUGCGAUGCAUGCUUUUGGAUGACACGCGGCAGUGUCGACAGGUUAUACACGUUUUCCUCUGUUCGCGCGAAUAAUUUAUUAUGUCUCGCUAUUGCUCUUUCGAUUUCUCAUGAUUAAUAAAAAAAAAAACUGUUACAAAGUUCGCAAACUUUGAGUACAUUGUAGAGAGAAAAUUUCGAUUAUUCUUCACUUUUUCAUGCAUUUUUCCUUGCAUUAUAAGAGUAUUGAGUUAAAGAGAAUUAAGAAGAGACAAUAACGGAAUUUUCGAAAUAUGCGACCUUUCGUUAAUCGAAUAACAUGAGCGAGCAAGUUUCAUAAAUACACAUAUAUACAUACAUAUAUAUACAUAUGUAUAUGUAUAUAUAUGUGUGUGGGUUUUGAAAGUUUUUGCAUUGUUUAGAUAAUUACAUAUCGACUUUAUAAUUGUUGAAUAUUUUGUCAGUAAAUGUGGUAAUGGUCAUAUAUAUUUAUAGUAGAAAACAUUCUCUCAAAGAAAAUUUUAUAUAACGAUAAAAUAUAUACAUAAACAAUUAAAACUAUUAACAUGUCUACAAAAGUAAUAUUUCAUUAUAUAUAUAUAUAUUAAAAGAUUGUGUCAUCAACAUUUGAAGAUGAAUAGUGGUGAGAAAGAUUUGAUGUAUGUCAAUUUGCAAUGCCGUGUAUGCAAAGUCUGUAUUUGCAAUGUGUGUAUACCUUAAAUAUUGUGUUUGCGUUAUGUUUUUGCCAUGUAAGAUAUUGGCUAAUAAAUAACUAAUGCCUUGUGAGUUUGAUAAUAACAAUUGCAAGAAAUUAGUGCCUCCUUGGGAAGAUUUUUCAAACAACAUUUCUACAGCAAGUUGGAGAACGCGUCUAGCUGCGAGAAAUCAUGACUGAUAUUAAUAUAAAUACUUUAGAAGAUCUUAUUACAUAUUUUGCAAAAAACACCUAUAAGACCAAGGAUGCAGAUGUUAAAACUCAAGAAAUUAUGCAAAGAUGUAUGCUGCUCACAUCUUUUGAUUAUGAAUAUUACAUAAUCGACAACAAUGAAGGCAGCCUUUGCGGACAUUAUCCUAGAUAUCUUAUCAUAUUGGAGCAUGAUAAAAUGCGAAGUUCAAAGAAAUGUGAUUCACCACUGCCAGCGCCACACAUUCGAGAAAGCAUACCCGAAUCUAUAUAUUUAAGGAAUAAUCUCCAGAAAAUGAUAGUAAAGUCAAGAUUUGCCAGAUGUCGUUCAAGAUUCCCUGUGCCAGUAAUACUUUACAAGGGUAGAUACGUAUGCAGAUCUGCAACAUUAGCCAGUAGUCCAGAAAUGUUUGGUAGAGCUGGAUUAGAUUUCUUACUAUCUAGUCUAGCUAGCAGCAGUAUCAGUUCUACAUCGGCAAUUCCAUUGGAAGACAACAGUCUAACGCAAGCUGCAAAAGGAGUUAUGGAAGAAUCGAUUAUUGACAUGAAAAAUAAAUUUAGAUUUUAUGAUAUAGAACUCCUGAAGAAUCUUAAUGUAGGAACCAUCAUUGAUUUCAUGGUUGAGAAGAAGAAGGUCAAAUAUGGAAUGACCGUAACUUCAUCGGAGAAGGUAGACCAAGAGAGAAGGUACAGCGACUUUAACCUCAUUUCACUGCCAUAUCCUGGAUGUGAAUUCUUCAAGGAAUUUAGAGACCAAGAUUAUCGAUCAAAGGGCUUGGUAUUUGACUGGUGUCAGAAUUACGUGGACGCGCCGAUCUAUGUACCUGAUGACUUCGCCUCCAGUCAAUUACGAAUCAACUGGGAUAGAUAUACAGAAUGGGAUCUAGUCAAAUUAACACAGAAUUAUUUAAGAUUAAUACUAAGAUAUUUGAGCGAUAGUAGUAAAGGAAUAUUGAUUCACUGCAUCUCAGGUUGGGAUCGUACACCGUUAUUUAUUUCAUUAUUGAGAAUUAGUUUAUGGGCAGAUGGGGUAAUUCAUAAGACGUUAAAUUCGUAUCAAUUACUUUAUUAUACUAUCGCCUAUGAUUGGCUGCUUUUUGGACACGAUUUAGCAGAUCGGUUAAAUAAAGGAGAAGAGAUAUUCUUCUUUUGCUUUGAUUUCUUAAAAUAUAUUGAAACUGAACACUUCAGUAUACACAAACAUUACGAGAGAAUGACGAGGCCUAGCGAUUCACAACCGGAAAAUUCCACGAUAAACGCCGAAUCGUUUGAAUUUAUUUCAGCUCCUAAUUUCAGUUCAUCUAGUUCUAUUGAACAAAAUAGUGAAGAUGGUGAAUCAACAGCUGUAUUUUUCGAUAAUUUGGAUAAUCAAGAUGAUUCUCGAAAUAAUGUGAGUAUUGCAUCUGGGACACUUAAUGUGUCUCCAAAUAAAGAAGAUGGUACCACUCAAGGAUCGCGUUUAUCUUUGUCCGCGAAUCGUACAUCUCCGAUUGGGGUUCCCAUACCGCACAAUACUCGACGGAUACGACAACGAAACGAUUCAACAUCUUCAGGCGACUCGUGGCAACUGGUAACAGGGACAGAUUGUAAGCCUUCAUGUGCAGCUUGCACAACUCCACGCACAUUAUUAGGAAAUGUGAACACAAAUGAUGACGAAAUUACUGCUCAUGUACCAUCCAUACAACGUAAGGAACGAUUGCGUUGCCUCCGAAAUAUAUUUUGUAAAGCCUAUGGACCUCAUGGAUUUCGAUUGAAGGAUGAGGCAAGUGGCAUUAGCCAAUAUCUUGGAAAUAUUGUUGGAAUGACUUCAACUUAACGCACAUCCUAAUGACUGAAAUAUUGUUAAUUUUCUAAGAACAUGAAUUUUACAGUCGAUUUUCUUUAUUCUAAAAUUACUUCAGAAGAAUUUGAGCAUUUCAAAGAUUUUCCCUCAAUCUUCACUCUUUUUCUAAUAAGCAAAAUGAGAAAAUAUACACUUUGUUUUCACUCACUUUUUUAAUCUAACAUGGUAAGCUGAUAUCUAUAUCUAUGAUUGAAGUGUUAGCACGAAAAAAAACAUUUGUUUUAAUAUUAAGAAAACUUAGAAUAGAGGAAAUUGACUAUAUUGUUAAUAAUACUUAUGUUCAAUUGACAAUUUUAUAAAUUAAAAUUUAUAACAUGAAAAUGAGACAAUUGUACAUUAUUGUUUUUCUCAAAAAUAUUACAUAUAACAUGAUGUAUGCAAAUAAUAGAAUAAACUCAAUAUUUUUGUAUAUGUCUACAUGGAA